AUGGAGGAACGCACGUUUCCCCUCUUCUCACAACUCUCUCCAGAGCUUCGGGAACAGAUCUGGAAGUCGGCGGCACGCCCAGACAAGCCGGGUGUUCAAGUAUUUCGGGUGUAUGAUGCUGAACUCGACAACCCGGGUAAUGCCAACGAUAUCAUGGGACUUUCAGUCACCGACCCGUCUCAGAUGCUAUGGGGCCUAGCCGCUCAUCCGCCUUGCCCGCCUCGCCUUGCACUUCCGUUAUGGAACAAAUACCCAGAAAGUGUCGACGACACAAGCGACCACAAUAUAUCCACAUAUAUGUUAGAUGGCUCGCUAUUGACUGCCUGUCAAGAGUCCAGAUCUAUGAUGAAACGUUUCGAUAGAAACAAAACGUCUCGCAAGUGCUACGAUGAAUCAAGAGCUGGAUAUUACCUCUCAGGUGGUGCCCCAUCAUACAUCACCAUUUAUCCCAAGACAGACUUGAUUAUCUUGCAAUUUGAAGAUAUUUUUGACUUUAAAUGGGACUCUCUUCAAGAUCUAUUGCAUCAAAAAGGAAGUUGUCACCCCGACAUUCGCCACAUAGGCGUCGAGUAUGACGAGCGGUGGGGCAUCGAGCUUUUCGAAGAGGAUCGAAACAUAAACCUGUGGAUGAAGCCAGUCGAUUUUGCGUUCUCCAAGCUGUUCGAGCUUGCUGAAGCAAUGACGUAUCUUAGCAUUUGGCUGAUCGAUCAUAACCUGAAACGGCGCAAGGGUGCUCCCUCUUUUAAAGCCAGCAAUAAACUAGGUUCUCUUUACUAG